ACUCGUUCCAUUGACCUUGCUCGCACGUAGUAGCCAGCAUGGCGUCGUCGCCGUCGUCAGCACAAGGCACCGCCACCUCUCAGGUGCCAGAGCCUCAGUACUCCGACGCCCUGAUCCCGGAAAGCGAUGACAGCGGCGAUGCGGAUAGCGCGAUUGGCGGGCUGAGCUAUGCGUCGUCGACGACGAGUGCGCGCUCGGAGAUCUAUGCCCUCGUUGAAGAGUUCGGACGCACGUAUCAUGGGUAUAAGGCUGGGAAAUAUGUUAUGCCUAAUGAUGAGAAAGAAAGAGAUAGAUUGGAUCUCCAGCACAUGCUCUGGCUGCUCACCGUGGAUGGCGCGUUGGGCCUCGCGCCCAUAGAGAAUCCUAGGCAUGUCCUGGACAUUGCUACAGGCACGGGGAUCUGGGCUAUGGACUUUGCGGAACAACACCCCACCGCCCGCGUCAUCGGCACAGAUCUCUCCCCCAUCCAGCCCUCCUACGUCCCCAUAAACUGCGCCUUCGAGAUCCACGACGCAGAGGACGCCUGGAAUUUCUCACGCCCCUUCGACUACAUCCACGGCCGCGCCCUACUCUCCUGCUUCGUCUCGCCGCGCAGCAUCCUGCAAAAAGCGUACGACGCCCUCGCGCCCGGCGGCUAUCUCGAGCUGCAAGACGGCCUCUUCCCCUUCCUGUUCCUAGACCCGCAGCCACCCGCGGGCCAUCCACUGCGCGUGUUCUUAGACAACGCGCUAGAGGCUAGUAGGCGGUCCGGCCGGGCCUGGGACAAUGCCCAGCAUUACCGGCGAUGGAUGGUGGAAAUUGGCUUCGAAGCUGUGGAAGAGAAGCGGUUUAGCUGGCCGUGCGGGCCCUGGGCGAAGGGCGACAGGAUGAAGAAGCUGGGCGCGGGGUUUCUGGAGGAUUUGACGCAUGCGGUGGAGCCGAUUUGUAUGAAGCUUUUUGUUAAGGUGCUUGGGUGGGGGGAGGAGAGGACGAGGAGGUUUUUGGAGGACGAGUUGUUGCCGAGUUUGGGGGCGAGGAGGACGUAUUUGUAUGAGACUGUGUUGUUUGUGUAUGGGAGGAAACCAUUAGAUGCGUGAGGGAGGGGAGUGAGCGUAGGCAAGGUGCUAGACGAGCAAGUAUACGCAUUUGAAAGCAGACGGUGUAUAGUCGGCAAAUCGGAACCUUCGAAACUCAGUCAGAACGCAUCGACGUACUUGCGAAUGCUAAUAUCUAGCGACUGGAGGUUCUGAAGCGUCGAUAGAAAAACGACCAGUCUACGGAUAUAAACUCUUAAC